CUUCUUCUACUUCUAACCGCCUCUCGAACUUGUCCCAUACAUACGACGGCAAGAUACAUAGCAACGCCUCUCCUUGCGGCAUCUGGUCUGCGUCACCGGGCAUGUCUUUCAACAUCUUUAAAUGCUGGCGGCGGGACCGAAAGCAGGCCGCGGCGGGGCCCGCUCAUUGCCCGCAGCUAGACGACUCUGUAAUCGUCCCUGUCAGCGGGUUCCUCAGUGGCCCCGUCAUGCUACCGACAUACGAGUCCUUGGGCUCGUUAUCGGAGAGGAUGGACAGGUAUGAGAAGCAGACGCUGCGCACGUAUAUCUCGUUAACCACCUCGGAAGUCCUGAAUACCAUGCGUCGAGGAGCUCUUCUUGCGCGCUGCGUCCUUUUCGAAACGGCCCGGCUCCAUAAACCUAUAAGUUUCGUUGGAGCACUGAGGCUUCGCGAUGACGCCCGCAUCCUUGACGUGGAGUUGGCCGACUUGUGCGAAGUCUUGGCGAAAGGAAACAUGUUGAUACUGUGCCCACUAAAUUGGGCGGAUGAGUCUGUCAUACUUCAACGAGAGCCGGUUCGGGGAGUGCUUCGCACAGCAAAGAAAUCGCUUUUGGAGUUGGAGAAGACCUUCAAUGACCAGGUCCUCGGCGAGUUGAAGAAUGGCAUGCAGGGCAAAGAGAGCGUCGACCACAAGAAGCUUGUUGCGAAAGUCGGGAAUAUGAAAGAGGAACUUGACAAGGUUUACGGGGAGAUCACUACCGCAUAUAAGGCGGUGGAAUAUCAGCCCAUCGAGUCGGGGAUAACCACUCAUAUCUAGAUUGGAGAUAGUGAGCGACAAACUGAGGGCUGAGGAGCCACCGCUGUACUGGGGAGUUGAGUAGAUACUCAGGUAGUUCAUUGUCUCUCUUGCUUGUUCACAUACGCAAUGAUCUGGCUCAAGCCCCUUCUCGCGGCUUUCCAGCACCCGCUGGUACACCGCGUCCGCCUCCUUCAGCUGGUCC